AUGGCCACAGCCCAAACGGCCGCUUCGCUCCAUGGGGCCGACACCUUGGGUGAUGGUACGACCACCCUGGUCUUGCGAAGCAGCGUUUCGAAGAUGACCUACCCGGAGCUCAUGACCAUGCUCAAUGUCACUACAGCAGCCCUCGGCUUCCAGGCUCCAAGGUAUGACUUUGUCUACCUGCCAUGGGCCAAGUUGGCUUUCGUGAACUUCGAAGAUCCCGCGAGCUGCAAAGCUUACUUCACCGUCUUCCGGAACGUCUGCAACCUCGGCGCGGAGCAUCCUGGCAUCUCCGCGGUUGCGGAAGCCUUCGUCCAAGGACUUGCUCGAAACCUGGCCUUCUUUCUUGCAAAAUGCGGCUGGAAGGCCGUCAGCGACCUUCGGGCGCCGUGCGUCUUCAGCGGAGGAGUCCAGGUUCCCUUGGCGCAGGCCAUCCGCCAGCACGUCAGCCAGGAGGUGUUGCUCGACGAGGAGCAGCGAGCCCGUGCAUCCGCUGUAGGGAGACCGAACAACCCAGGUCUUGCAGAAUCAGGUUCCCGGGAAGAUCAAAGGAACUUCAGCAAAGGAGCUCGUGGCGAUUCGAGCGGAAAAGGUGCCACUAAGGGCAGGGGAAGCAAGGGGAAGAGCGCCAAAGGGAACGGCGCUCAGACUGAUCGAGGCAAGGGUGCUGCAGGCAGAAGCCGCGGCCCUGAACCCGAGCGAGUUGUGUUUCAGCUUUAG